UGGUGCUGUUGAAAAGUCUCAAAAAAGUUGCCGAUAACAGAGCCCGUCAACUGGACUAAGCUAGUUGAAGCAACGCCAAGAGGCGGUGACGACUGGCAAUCCGAUUAGAUAAGUACGGUGGUACCGCAUUGAACGUCUAUGUUUUUCAUACCGUUGCCAACACUGGUCAAAGGUGAACAACAGAUUCCAUGUACGCUCUACGAUACUGGCCACGAAGACGAGCCAAUGGCCUCUUCUAUAAAGGUGUGCGAUAUUCUCAUCAAGCUGCUAUCAUGAACCCGCAAGCAGACACAUUUCAACCAGCGUCGCCUCGUUUGGAGAAGUCUGGUGCUGCUCCUCAGAAAAGCAGAGACGGUGUCUCUACAGACGAUAUCGACGCCGUUACCCAAUCACUCAAAAAAGUUUCGAUCAAAGGCAGAAAUUCCUCCCAAGAUUCCCCCAAACCCACCAAACACUCAAGUUCUCGAGCCUUCAUUCCAAACGACCGAAAUCCAAAGUGGCACACGAAUCAAGGCAGAAAUAUGAAUGGAACUCCAUCUGCAAAGGUUCGCAGAGACGCAAUUAUCCCACCAUCUCCAGAGUCAGGGGGUAUACCGAAUCCUUCUAAAGCCUACCUUUCUGCGAGCAAUGAGCCUGUACGCCAGCUUCCCCAAGCUCAACAUCUCCUCGUCGUUGUCGAUCUGAAUGGCACACUUCUCUUCCGACCCAACAGGCGAGCACCCUCGAAGUUCAUCGCCCGGCCAAAUACAGCCAGGUUCCUUAGAUAUUGUAUCAACACUUUCACGGUUGUGAUCUGGUCGUCUGCAAGGCCGGAGAACGUCAAACUCAUGUGUGACGCCAUUCUUGACCAGGAACUGAGACGCAAGGUCGUGGCAAUAUGGGGACGAGAAAUGUUUGGUCUUUCACCUAUCGAUUACAAUGCGAGGACUCAGUGCUACAAGAGAUUGACAAAGCUAUGGGAUGAUCCUAAGAUCGCGGCAGCUCACCCUUCAUUCGAGUUCGGCGGGAGAUGGAGUCAUGUGAACACGGUUUUGGUGGAUGAUUCGCCCGAGAAGGGGAGAACUGAGCCUUUCAACAUGAUCUCGAUCCCAGAGUUCUUUGGCGAUGAGAACGAGCCAGGACAGAUCCUGCCACAGGUUCAUGAUUACUUGAACAGCCUCAGUAUGCAUUCAAAUGUUGCUGCCUACCUCCGAGCCCGUCCUUUCAGAGCUGCUCUACCAGUCGCAGGUCAAACCAUACAAUACCAUGCAUAAGGCAGCUAGCAAGUGAUUAGAAAGUGGCCUCAAGAAUCGGAGGCUUGCUAAGUGUGAGCAUCUCAAACCUUCCUCUAUGAACUCUCCUGAUGUGCUAUAGAACAGCGACAACUGUCCAGGCUCGACAUCUCUACGAUUACGCCCUACAGAGACGCAUUGAGCUGGGAUCUAUGAGAUUCAAACACCGAGAGGUUAUGCAACAGAUGAACGCCCAUGCCGGGGCACGAUUUUCCUUUGUGCAAUUCCCAACAAGCAGUAGAAAAUCAAAACACAUAAUUACAAGGUGCAUAGAUGGUUGAC